CUCUAUCCACUGAGCCAAACGGUCCCGGCUGAAUUUUUUUUCUUAUUCCUUUGCCUGUGAACCUGAAUUGCCUAUCAGACUCAGCUAUUACAUUGUGCCUAGCAUGCAUGCUACUAAAUGUUUCUGAAUAGAAUUCAAUAAAAAUGGAAAACAGAAAAGUGGAGAAAAGGAUAAGAUGAACUCUACUCCUGGAAGGCUGGGAUGAAAGGAAUACACGAAGUGACUGAAAGUGGAAGAGGUGUGGCACCUUCGCAGGGAAAGAGACUAUCUGCUUUCUCCCUUCCAUCCUGUAUUCAGCAAGUUAAGAAAGAGGUGAGGUGAGGUCAGUACUUGCGAGAGAGGAAAUAACUGGCUUUGGCUGGGAGAUUUUUAUCAAAAGCAAUGUAGCAGGUGCUUUGAGAGUCAGACAAUGAUGUUGAUAUUGCUCCCAUCCUUCACUGUCCAAGGCAGGCAGAAAAGAGGGACUCUUUUCAGCUACAAAAUGCUCAUCCCUUCUCAGAGCGUGCCAACUGUGAAGAAAGAUUGUGAUAAAGCCUCAGAGAGAAGGGCAACUCUGGAUGGUGAUGGGGCAGCUGUGACUGAGGACAGGACCCGCAGUAACUGAGGAUCUAGUCCGUCAGCAAGUAGGAGGGGAAUUCCACCCCCUGCAGCUCCCUCCCCGCUCUGGAGGAGGGCCGGAGGCGGGGUAAGCUUGGUGGGAAACGCUGCAAUUUCCUUUUUAACUUUCACAGGAGUAGUGCAGCAUCCAGAAUGGAUGUCCUCUUUGUAGCCAUCCUUGCUGUGCCACUUAUCCUGGGACAAAUGUAUGAGGAUGAUGAAGAAGUACUGGAAGAGGAUUAUUAUUAUCAAGUGUUCUAUAAUUACACAGUCACCCCCAAUUAUGGUCCAGAUUAUUUUGGUGCAAAUUUCACUGUUGAUUAUUCCAUGUUUGAGUCAGAGGACAGACUGAACAGGUUGGAUAAGGAGGUAACGGAAGCAGAAGAAACAACCAUUAUUCGUGAAACAGAACAUGUAGACCAUCAGAAGCCUGUAACAGUGAAAUCAGUGACAGUGAAGCCAGUGACAAUGGAAUCAUUGACAAUGGAAUCAGUGACAAUGGAAACAGUGACAAUGGAAUCAGUGACAAUGGAAACAGUGACAAUGGAAUCAGUGACAAUGGAAUCAGUGACAAUGGAACCGGUGACAAUGGAACCGUGGAGUCCAGAUAUGAACCAUGCUGUCUCCAGUCUGCAAAGUCCUGUUUCCCUUCUCCUGUCCUGGACCCUCCUUCACGAGUGGAUGUAUUUCAUGUAGAAGGAUGAAAAUGCUGUUAUGACUCUUUGGAAGGGAAUUUGGGAAGAGAAAAUUGGAAAAUAAAAUAAAUACAUGAAAUAA